AUGAUCGACACGUUUAUAUACUGGAAUUUUAAGGGGAGCAAGGGAGGCACAAACAUUUUAAGGAUAUCCUUACCUUGCAGUUAUGGCACUAUUAAAAAGAAAAUUUUAGAAGUCAUAAAUUUAGAGUUACAAAAUAGUUUGGACAUCCUUUUAUAUCAUAAUAACAGAGUUUUGAGUGAACAUGAAAGUAUUCAAAAUGGUAUGCUUCUAGAAGUACAAAGAAGUAGUAUAGGUGUUGUGAAGGACCUAUUACAAAAAAGUAAUAGAAUCUACUUAGAGAAGAAUAAAUGUGUAGCUGAGCAGGAAGAAGGUUCCCUAUCAAGCAAAGAGCAGAGUGAACCGUACCUCAGUAACAGUGGUAAUAACCACAGUAGUAAUUUCAGUAGUAAUUUCAGUAGUAAUUUCAGUAGUAAUACGAAUAAGAUCAAUGGUUACAGUAGUCAUUAUAGUGGUCAUCAUGGCAAUCAUCACGGUGGUAGUUACCCUAAUUCUGUUUAUAAAAGUGUGCAGGAAAGGACAAAUAAUAAUGAUAUGAAUGACAGAGCUGUAAAAAUGAAUAGGCCACAGAUGCAUCCCCCUAAUAGUGGCUGUAUUAGCAGUAUUAGUGGAGUUACUGGUAUUACUGGUAUUACUAGUGUUAGUGGUAUUACUGGUGUUAGUGGUAUUAGUGGUGUUAGUGGUGUUAGUGGUGUUACUGGUAUUAGUGGAAGUAAUAAUAAGCCGUGGAAUGUGUACAAUAGGAAUAAUAAUAUAAUAAAAGAAAAUCAAAACGAUGAUGAAUAUAUGAAAAUACAAGAAGCAAUGGAAAGAAAUAACAUCUAUAAUACGGAUACGAAUAAAUACAGAAUGAAUUAUUACAAAAAAGAUAAAAACAAUCAAAAAAUUUAUCAAAAUAAAUUUAUCAAAAUGUCAACAUCUUCUACGCCUCAUAGGGGUUUUAAUCCCAUUAAUGGGGAUCUUACCACCGCGGUUACUACCACCGCUACUACGACUGCUUCUACUGCUUCUUGUAGUUUUACUGCGGCUGGUACUACUACGACUCCUUCCAUUUCAAUUGCUUCUGUAGGUAGUGGUUUGUCAAACGGAGGCUUAGGCUAUCCGAAGUACAACAAUACCGAGUUGAACAAGUACUACAAGACAAAAAAUACAGCAUAUAAUAAUACUAGCUUAGAAAAUUUGAAUAAAUAUGUUUCACCUGAUUAUAUUUGUCAUAUGUGUGGUAAAAAAGGACAUAGUAUUAAAAACUGUACUAUGAGUACUUUUAAUAAUAAUAAAAAAAUAAAAGUACCGACAGGUAUACCUACAAAUUUUUUAACAAAAAUAAAAGCAGAAGAUAUAUAUAAAUAUGAUCAGAUAUAUAUAUUAAAAGAUGGUAGUUAUGGAAUUAUGAAGGAUGUCGAGGAUGUGAGUGGUAGUGCAUACUUGUAUAGAAGUGUUGAUGAUAAGAUUAAUAUCUACUUAGGUGUAAAUGCUAACAGCAGUGGUGGUAAUAAUGAUAAUGAAGGCAAUGAUGAUGGCAAUGAUAGUAAUGAUAGUAUUGAUAGUCAUAGUAGUAGUAUUAGUAAACGUAACCGUAAGCGUAAUGGUAGUAGUAACAAAAAGGAGAAAGAAAAUAUAUCGAGUAUUUAUAAAUGUCUAUUAUGUAAACGAUUGUACACCUCUCCCAUAACUCUACACUGCUGUGGAGAAACCUACUGUAAACCUUGUUUAUUUAAAUAUAACAAAAAAAGAAAAAAUGAUUAUUCAGCAUAUUACACGAGUGCAGAUCAGAAGACACAUAUUAUGAAAUGCCCAAGUUGUUCAAAAUUUGUUAACGCGGAUGAGUUAAUUAUUAAUACGAAUAUUAAAAAUGUAAUUGACACUAUUGUCAAAAAUCAAAAGAAUAACAGUAAUACAUAUGAAGAGGGAGGGGGGGGAACGUCGUUUCAUAGCGGGUUCACAUUAAAUGGGGCUCGUUCUACCCUGAAUAAUGAUAUCAAAUUGACCCAUGAGUGUUAUAACAAUAGUAGUAAGAACAAUUCGGGGAUCACUACUGCUACAUGCACGAGCAAUAAUACCAAUGGAAACCAGGUGCUUGGAAAUCUUACCAUGAACAACAAGAAUGAGUUUAUAUUGAAUAGAAAAAAUAAUAACAGACAGGUAUAUGGUAACGGUACAACUAAUGAAUUUACGAAUGAUAAUAUGAGAGUGAAGGAUGAUUCACACGUGGAUAGUGGUAACAGUAACAAUUAUGGUAAUGCUAAUGAUGCAUUUAACGAACAGGACCAAAAAUUGCAAGAACCCGAUUUUUUUAACCCGUUGAUUAACUUUUCGAUCAAUAUUAACGAAUUAAAAAAACAACAUGAAUUUGCAGCGGCAUAUAUAGCCCAUUAUAAGAUGCACAGGAAGAAGAAGAAGAAAAAAAGAAAAAUCGAUUUGAACACAUUUCUAAUGUGCAAGAAGGUGUGCUAA